AUGGAAGGAGUUCCUCCUGAUCUGGAACCCGACGUAAUAAUGAGGAAAAAAGGGAAAAAUGUGAACUCGAAGAACAAGACUAAAGAAGAUUCUAAUACCGUUCAGCAGAAGAUUGCUAGCCCUAUUCCUCCUAAAUCGGUGUCACUUUUGGUCAAAAAAUUUGAUUCCAAUGUUAAUUCUUCUGAGAUUAAGGAUGAGGGUAAGAUUGGCAACAUUAUCAAUGGCGGGACUGGGAUUGAGAACGCUUCUAAUUCUUUUUCUAUCAAUUUUGUUGCUCCUCCUAUGGAUCCUUUGAUUAAUUCUAUCCAUAUUAAGAAGGAUGAAGGAUUGAUUGAAGGAUUAAGUACCCCUGUUCGUGAAUUUGAAAAUGAUAUCGCUCUUUUUUGUAGUCAUGGAGAGAAGGAUGCGAUGUUGUGUUUUUGGAAUGGGUUAACUACUAAUGAGAAGGAAGGAUUUGUUCAUGGACUUCGGUUUACCAAGAAGAAAUACAACCAUGAAGGUGAGUCUGAUUCUGCCUUUGAUGAUUCAAUUGAUAACAUUAGAAAACUCUCCUCUAUAAGCCAAAGAAACGAUAUUCUUAUGAAUUGGAAAGAUCUUAAUCAAAAGAAGAAGGAGAAGGUGUUCCAUAAACUAUGUACUAGCAAAAUUAAGAAGCAGGUGGAAGCUAAUUUUGGAAAGAAUCGUGUGCCAUUCAGACCUUCUUCUUCGUUGUUUCCUGUGGCGAUAGAUAUGAAGAAGACAUCUGAACUUGAAGCUUCGGAUGGAUUGCAGAAAGUUGGUGAAACCGUUUUGAAAAUUAUCCCCGAAGGAGUCCCUGUUUCAAGCUCUAAUGAACCUGUGGUUGUUGAUCUUCAAAAGCUCUGUUCUAUGCAAUCACAGGUUAAGGAGAAUAAGACUAAAAAAAGAUUGAAAUUGAUGAGUUGUCAUAUUGAAAUUGCCAAUGAAGGGGAAUUUAAAUUCAAAUAUGAAGAUGCUGAUGAGAAGGAAUUCAGUGCUCAAAUGGUUAUUGAUGGAAAGGAAGACAUUAGCUUGAAUAGUUGUAAUAGCAAUGGAGGCCUUCUUAUUACCGAGGAAAUGCUGGAGCAAAUGAAGUUAAGGAAAUUAAAGAGUGAAGAGGAGAAAUCAAUCCCUAUGCCUACACCAGUGGAAGCGGAGAAAAAUACUUCAGUUACUUAUGCUGAGAAGCACGGAUUGGAAGAAGUCAUGGUAAACGAUGAGGGGAUUUAUUUUUUUAGAUUUAGCUCUGAACAAGGAAUGGUUUCUGUUUUGGAAGGAGUUUGGAUGAUUUUUGACAGUGCCCUUACUGUUAGGAGAUGGAACACUGGUGUGAGCUCAGUUAAAGAUCAACAUGAUAAAGUUCGAGUUUGGGUAAAGAUAUAUAAUGUUCCUUUAGAAUAUUGGAAUGGGAUAGGGUUGAGCCAUAUUUCUUGGGAGAUAGGGAAGCCUCUUGAUGUUGAUGCUCAUACAGUGAAGAUGUGUCAAGAACAUUGGGGAAGACCGGCCUUUAUGAUAAUUUUAAUUGAGAUGUCUACUGCUAAAGACUGGCUUAAAGAAGUACAUGUCUAUUCUUCGGAUCUUACUAUUGGCGAAAGAAUCCUGUCAAAGUGUAAGAUUGAGUAUGCUUGGAAUCCUUCCAAAUGUUCUCCUUCCAAAUGUUCUCAUUGUAAGGGAAAUGGAAAGAAUUUGGUUGGAAAUUCUGCUGGAAGUCAGAGGAAAAAAGGGAAUAAUUUAGCUAAAAAUGGAAAUACUUUUGGCGGAAAUCAAUGGAAUAAGGGAAAAGGACUUCAAGGGUAUAAUGGGAAAAAUCAGGUUGUGAAUGGAAGAACAAAUGGCACUAGAUUCGAACAGGGGCAGAAUAGUAAAAGCUCUAGUUAUUCGGAUAAAGCUAACAAUUCAGGGGUUGGUUCAGGUGGAAAUAAUAUUCAGGGGAUUCCUCCUGCGAUCAAUUCCUUACAGGAACCUAAAAAGAUAUUUGAAGUGGGAAAAAAGACUGAUAGCGGGCUGAAGUAUAUUCCUAAGUCUGGUGCUGAUUUCAAAAUUAGUUCUAAUUUUGAUAAAAUCCUUCAAGAUGAGAAAUGUCAAGUUCCUGUGAAUAUUUUUUCUAACAAUAAAUUUGAUGUUUUAAAGGAUUUGGAAGAUGAAAAUCAAGUGGUUUUUUACUAA